AUGGCAAGGCCUAACGUGUCGGAGGCACCGAUCGAGCCGCUGCACGCCACAGACUACAGUGACACCGACUCCGGGUUUGACGAAAAGAGCUUGUCGACCGCGUCGUUGAGUUCCAGCAUCUAUGACUACGAGCAACAAUACGGGCGCACUUAUCAUGCAUACAAUGCUGGCAAAUAUGUCAUUCCCAACGAUGAAGGCGAGAAAGAACGCAUGGAUGUCCACUAUCACAGUCUCAGGCUGACAUUCGACAACAAACACUUCUUUGCACCCAUCACGGAUCCAACCUCCAUCCUGGAUGUUGGCACAGGGACUGGGAUCUGGGCUAUGGAUGUCGCGGACGACUUUCCAGGUGCAGCUGUGCUAGGCACCGACCUGUCGCCCAUCCAGCCAACUUGGGUCCCACCAAACCUUGAAUACCAGGUCGCCGACGCCGACGAGCCCUGGGAUAUGGACAAUCGAUUCGACCUCGUCCACACGCGGUUUAUGAACGGCUUUUCCAUCAAGAGCUGGCCAUUCUUCUACGAACAGGCUUUUCGAUCACUAAAGCCCGGGGGCUGGGUGGAGAACCAGGAAUUCGACUUCAACUAUGCCUCGGACGAUGGCACUCUCAACCCGGACGGGCCCGUCAAGGCGUGGGAGAAGCUGUGGAGCGAAGGCAUCGCCAAGUUCGGUCUGACUGGCAAAUGCGAUCCCGAACUCAUGACGCGGCAAAUGCGAGAGGCCGGCUUCAUCAACACAACCAUCAUCCCAUUCAAGCUGCCCGUCGGACCUUGGCCCAAGAACGGGCGUCUUCGACAAGCCGGGGCGUUGUUUAUGCGAGGGCUGCUCGACGGCCUCAGCGGCCUAAGUCUAAAAGUAUUCACUGGCGCCCUUGGUUGGACUCCUGAAGAACUCGAGGUUUUACUAGCCGAUGUCAGGAAGGAAUGGAUGAGUCGAAGCACGCACAGUUAUCUUCCCAUGUGA